GGGACCAGCAGUGUUUUUUCAGCUCCCAGUCGUAGGUGUGGCAUUUGCUUUCACAGUGUAAGACAAUAGUCAAGGGAUUUCACUUCCUUAGCUCCCAGAGCUAACAUUAAGGGAACAGAGUCUAGUGCUAGAAGUAAGCUCUGGACGGCAGCACAUAAAGGAUAUGCAGUAUGGCUAGCACAUUACAGAAAGACCAGAGCUGGAUUCCCAAGCUAUUUAAAAAGAAAACAUGUACCACUUACAUAGAAGACACGAAGGCUGGAAGCUCCUCACCACAGUGCCAGUGUGGGUUGCUGAGGGACAAACAUGUGACAGUAGCAAUAGAGGAUAAUUUUGGGGCUGCCAUGGUCAGUAAAUGGACAUCUGAUGAACACACCACAGAGGAACCCACAGAUGCCUAUGGAGACAUAGAGUUUGUGGGUGCUGGAAAGAAGCAGAGCAAGUUUAUUCGACUUUCCAAUAAAACAGAUUCUGCUGUUGUAUAUAACCUUAUAACUCAUAAUUGGAAAAUUCCUCCACCAAACCUGGUGGUAUCUGUUGUGGGAGGCGAUGGAGAUUUUAAGAUGAAAACUUGGCUGAAGGACAUCCUGAGAAAGGGAUUGGUCAAGGCAGCACAGAGUACAGGUGCCUGGAUCAUGACGGGUGGAAUGCAGGUUGGCAUAGGAAAAUAUGUAGGUGAGGCAGUGCGGGAUCACGCCACUGCCAACUCCAACUCCAGGACCAAAGUGGUUGCAAUGGGUAUUGCUCCUUGGGGCAUUGUAAAUAACAGAGAGAGCUUAGUAAAUUCUAAGGGAUCUUCACCUGCCAAAUAUUACAUGGAGAACGUAGACGGUCCAACUUACUCGUUGGACAAUAAUUACUCAUUAUUCCUUCUGGUAGACAAUGGAACAAACCAGCAAAUAGGAGGAGAAACGAGCUUCCGGGCCAGGCUAGAGGAGCACAUCUCCUGGCAGAAAACCGGAGUGGGAGGCAAAGGAAGUAUUGAAAUUCCAGUUCUGUGUAUGGUAAUAGCCGGGGAAUCAAAUAUGCUUAAGAGGGUUUACGAUGCCACAGAAAACACAAUCCCAUGCCUUUUAGUGACAGGGUGUGGUGGGGUAGCAGACUGCCUGGCAGAAAUUAUGGAAGAAUCACUAACGAUGGAGUCCAUCAGAUGUUUAGUGGAAGAGAAACUAAAGCAACAUUUCCCUAAAGAGAACAUUACAACACAAAUGUUUGAACAGAUUGAGAAAAUAAUAGAAAACCGGGAACUGGUUACAGUAUAUUCAGAUGCUGAUGGUGCGGAAGACUUUGAAACUGUGAUUCUCAAAGCUCUAGUGAAAGCAUGCAAAAAACAGUCAAGUGAUGCCACAGAGUAUUUGGAUGAGCUUAAACUGGCUGUUGCCUGGAACCGUGAAGACAUUGCCAAGGCAGAAUUAUUUCAUGGGGAAAUCCUUUGGCGGGCCUGUGAUCUUGAGGAUACAAUGACAGAUGCCCUAGUGAAUGACAAACCAAGCUUUGUAAAGCUUUUUAUUGACAAUGGCUUAAACAUUGUGGAUUACCUAACAUAUGGACAGCUUGAAGAACUUUACAGUUCUGUAUUGGACAAUACUGUUCUUUGCCAGCUGCUUAUGCGCAAGCAUGAAGAGCGUAGAGAAUCCAACAAGGCUCAGUAUCAGGAUUACAUACCAGUAGACACCAUUGGCAAAGGAAAAGAUUUCAAGCUCUAUGAAGUUGCUAAGGUUUUACGAGAGUUGAUGGGUGAUGUUUGCGCACCAUUUUAUACCCAUGUCUUGGGGAACACAAAGGGCUCUGUCAGCAGAAGGAACUUAAGUAAUAAAUCUCAACAACACAACAGUCAAGAUAAUAAAUAUGAAAAUAAGAAAUCAACAAGUCCCUGGAUUGACCUCUUCAUCUGGGCAAUAUUACAGAACCGUGAUGAGAUGGCUGCAUAUUUCUGGGAGAUGGGUUCAGAUGCUGUAAGCUCUGCUCUUGCUGCUUGUAAGAUCCUAAAGGAACUUUGCCGCUUGGAGUCUGAAGCAGAGGAAGCCGUAGCCAUGAAAGAACACGCUGCCAAGUUUGAACAACUUGCAAUUGGAGUGUUUAAUGAGUGCUACAGGAACAGUGAGAACCGAGCUUUCAAACUUCUGGUGCGUCGCUCCAAUGUAUGGGGCGGAGCCACAUGCCUGCAGCUUGCGUAUGAGGCAGAUGCUCGCAACUUCUUUGCACAAGAUGGUGUCCAGUCCAUGUUAACAGAGAAUUGGUGGGGACAGAUGGCCCAGAACACACCUGUAUGGGCGAUGAUGCUAACAUUCUUCUGCCCACCGCUCAUUUACACUGACCUGAUUGAAUUCAAGUCCGUUGAUAAUGAGAAUGGAGUAGAAAACCCUCACAGAAUGGAAAUGGAUAGCUUGGAUAUUGACAUUAAGACCACUGUGGCUGAAAUAAUGGAAACAGAAGACAAUAUUAAGGAUAAUACAGAUGGAGUAGAAAUCAAAACGGGAAGUGCUGAUAAAUCUAAACUUUCAGUUGUCCCUGAGGCUGAUAUCACUAAGGAGAAGAAGCGGCCAGCCUGGUUGCGCCGGUGGAAGCAGUUCUGGAGUGCGCCAGUGACGGCUUUCCUAGGCAAUGUAGUAAUGUACUUCACUUUCCUAUUCCUUUUCUCUUAUGUGCUCUUAAUGGACUUUAAACUACCACCUCCGGAUGGUCCAUCAAACUCUGAGAUCAUCCUUUAUUUUUGGAUUUUCACUAUGGUGUGUGAAGAGAUAAGGCAAAGCUUCUUUGUGGGGACAAUGCCUGUGGCACAAAAAGUCAAACAAUAUCUACAGGACUCAUGGAAUCAUGUUGACAUCACCGCCUUGCUGCUUUUCAUCAUAGCUGUCGUCUGCAGGAUGUUUUAUUUUUCGUAUGAAUCUGGACGCACCAUCCUAUGUUUUGACUUCAUGAUUUUCACAUUAAGAUUGAUUCACAUAUUUGCUGUCAACAAGCAACUGGGCCCUAAAAUUAUCAUUGUUCGGAAAAUGAUGAAAGAUGUCUUCUUCUUCCUCUUCUUCUUGGGUGUUUGGUUAAUUGCUUAUGGGGUUGCUACAGAGGGUCUACUCCAUCCCACUGACAUGCGCCUUAUAUGGAUCUUUCGCCGUGUCUUCUACAGGCCAUUUUUGCAGAUUUUUGGUCAGAUUCCAUUGGAUGAAAUUGAUGCUGCAAAGUUUUCAGCAUCCAAUUGCACAAACGACCCAGUGGCCAUAAUGAUGGAAGAAGCACCGCCAUGCACCAACACAUAUGCCAACUGGCUUGUCAUUCUCUUACUUGUUGUAUUCCUGCUGGUUGCCAACAUCCUGCUAUUGAACCUACUGAUUGCUAUGUUCAGUUACACCUUUUCCAAAGUUCAAGGAAACAGUGAUAUAUAUUGGAAAUUCCAGCGUUACAAUCUGAUUGUGGAGUAUCACAAUCGUCCUGCACUGGCACCGCCAUUCAUCAUCAUCAGCCACAUACACACCUUUAUCAAGCGCAAGAUCCGCAAGGUGGAGUCUCAGAAGAUAAGACAUUUCAUGUUGGAACUGAAAGAACCCCUGGACAGCAGAAUGCUCACCUGGGAGGCUGUGCAAAAGGAAAACUACCUGGUAAAUCUUGCCAAGCAUCAAAGAGAUAGUGACAGCGAACGACUGCGCCGCACAUCACAGAAGGUUGAUAUAGCUUUAAAGCAAUUAAGUGAGAUCAAAGAGCAUGACAGGAGGCUGAAAGCUUUGGAAUCAGAGGUUGAAUAUUGUGCUAAAGCCCUGAGCUGGAUAGUAGAUGUUCUUCAACACAGUGACUUAGUGAAGCAAACUACAAAACCACCUCCUGCUGUUAAGUAGGAUUGAGAUCAACCUUCAAGGCAGGCACUUAAUACUACUUUCAGCUGCAAUAUUCCAGGUAGCAAUGUUUCAGUGCCAUGCUCGUAUGAAGAACCACCCUACUACAACCGUACAUCGGAAUGUUCCUGGUACUUCAUGUUGCAGUUAGUGUCUCAUCAGACUCUGAGCAUACAGUUUACGUUUGGCUCACAACCACAUUACCUCUAGGCUUUAAGACUUUAUUUUUUUAUCAUCAAAAUAUGGAUUUACCAGUCAAGUGGUGAUUGUACAUACAAUUCUACUCUCAAUAUUUUUGACAAUUUUAUUCUGAAAUGGAUUACAUCUUUAGACACAGUUUUAGAAUUAGUGUCUUCCAGCCCUAAUUUAUGACCACCAAUUUUUAUUAACAUUAAUUUAUCAUUAGAUGUCUGUAGUGUGUCUAUUAUUUGGGAUGUUUAACAUCCAUAAACCACUAGUAUCAAAUGCAACGUAAUGCGUCAAUGCAAUUGCUGGCCUAGUCAAACUAAAAUCACUAUUUUUUUAUUUAUCAUUGCGUUGUAAAAAAGAAAAAACAUUUUUAAAUUGUAUAUUUUAUAAUUCAGUUUGAUCGCUAAUUUAUAAAAUAGUUUUAUUUGUGUCUGGAAAUGUGCCUUCCAUUGAUUAGAUAUCUUUUUGUAGGGGGGUUUGUUAAAUGAUGCUGUAAAUAGUAAAAUACAAUCUAUUCAUUUGAUGCUUAUUUUCUUCUAUAGAUUUGUAUUUUGUUUUCUUAAAAUUAAAUGACCAAAAUAAGAGAAGUUCUCAAACAGGAGAUUAAAACAAGCCAAUGACCAGUAGCACUUUUUUACCCUGAUAUAUGUGUUUUCCCAGAGAACAACUUUUUUGUUUUAUAUUAGUCUGGUACCAAAUAGGAAAGCCCUGAAAUAACAAUAAAUGUAUGAUCUGAGUGUAAAAGGUAUCAUAACAUAACUUUGUAUACAAAACUCACCUCUUUGUUGCCACAGAAAGUUGUAAUGUUUGCAUAGCAAUGCUCUGCAGUCUUCUCAGGUAGUUUAGGGGUUAACGCAGCUCCAAUAAUCACACUUCCCCCCCCCCCCACUGUUUUAUAAAUCCUGCCCAUGAACACAAAGCAGAUAUCCCACACAAAAAAAGGGAUGAAUCUGCUAAUUUGUUGAUUGUAAUGUGAAUUUCAAAUAAAACAUAUUGUAAACCUGUUGUCUUUUUUUGCCUUUUAAAUAACCUUAAAGGGACAGUCAAGUCCCAAAAAAAUCUUUCAUGAUUUAAAUAGGGCAUGUCACUUUAAACAACUUCCAAAUUUACUUUUAUCACCAAUUUUGCUUUGUUCUCUUGGUAUUCUUAGUUGAAAGCUAAACCUAUGAGGUUCAUAUGCUAAUGUCUUAGACCUUGAAGACUGCCUCUAAUCUGAAUGCAUUUUGACCACUAGAGGGCAUUAGUUCAUAUGUUUCAUAUAGCUAACAUUGAGCUCAUGCACGUGAAGUGACCUAGGAGUAAGCACUGAUUGGCUAAAAUGCAAGUCUGUCAAAAUAACUGAAAUAAGGGGUCAGUCAGCAGAAGCUUAGAUAAAAGGUAAUUACAGAGGUAAAACAUGUAUUAUUAUAACUGUGUUGGUUAUGCAAAACUGGGGAAUGGGUAAUAAAGGUAAUAUCUUUCUUUUUAAACAACAAUUCUGGUGUUGACUGUCCCUUUAAGAUAAAUUCUGAACACAGAUUUCCAUGAAAUGUCCCUUUAUAACAGGGGUAAUUAUACAGUGUCUUUGUGUUAUCUGCUUGUGCAUAUGCUAUACAUAAUCAAAUCUAAGCUUGCACAUGUUGCACUGAACGCUCUGACAUUCCUGGGCUAAAACAAGACAGGUGUUGGGGCACUGGGUACGCUUGUAUAAAACACAGUUGUUGAUUGUAUAAACCUGAAACCAUACCCAUUACCAUUAUUUAAGAGGGAAAUAAAAUAAAUCACAGAACUAUUUAGAUAUCUUCACUCAGAGCACAAAUAUCUAUUGCUUUAUAACAUACACAGUGAUGAAAACAUAAACAGUUCUAAUGCAUUUCAUAUUGAUGUGUAUCAGCAUAAUUUGGCUAUAUGUUGUUUUUCUCUGAUUGCUGAUCACUCACUGCAAAAUAAAAGUAUGACUAAA